CAGUGUGUAUAAGGCUGGUGGAGCCACAGUAUUAUUGAUGUUCUGAGGUUACCUUUCAAACUCAUAUACAUAUAUACAAACUCCCUUAUUAUUGUUAGUUUAUAAUGGGAAAACGUUUGUGCCCUUUUGGGGACAAUGAUCAAGCCAGUAAGCAACAAGUCAUCAACAACAAUGAGGAUACAAAGACCAGAAAAAUCAAAUCAUCUGAAGCAGAAAGAACUUUACAGUUGCUCUAUCAUGGUGCCAGCCAGGAAAAUGAAUCUUCCAACUAUGCCAAUAAAUGUGUGGAAUGUACAUCAAAUCCGUUGACGAAAUGCUGGUACUGCAACAAGGAUUUGUGUCAAUAUUGCAUAGGGAAAUGUGAAAAAUGCUCUGAAAAUUUUUGUACUGACUGUUCAUUCCAAGUGUACGAGGCGGAGGACACAAAUUUAAUAUGUUACUCCUGUUAUUAAGUGUCAAGUUUUUUUAUUUAUUGAAUUUAUUGUUAUUAUGUUUUGUAUAUAAUUUAAAAAAGUAUUAAAAGAUGUAUUUGUAUAA